UUCACAGAGGAGAGAAUACAAAAUUGAGUCUCUUUAAGUAGCACUGACUGGCAAAGUGGAAAUAGACAUGAGACUUCUCUGUACUGCCCUUUCUUUGGCCUGGAUUUACCAGCUGGUUGAAGCUACGUUGUCAAAAACAGAUGCAAAAAAAAUGGCUUCAAAAACACUGGAGGAAAAGAUGUGGCAUUCAGACAAAAUUGUACAGGACCGGGGUCUGGUAGUCACUGAUCCAAAGGCAAAAGAUAUUGUGUUGGAACACAAAAGUUACUGUGCCAAGAAAACAAAGGAGAGACACUUCUUCGGAGAUGUUCUGGGAUAUAUCACCCCUUGGAACAACCAUGGCUAUGACAUUGCUAAAACAUUUGGAAACAAAUUUACGUUGAUCUCCCCAGUUUGGCUACAGGUGAAAAGGAAAGGAAAGGAGAAGUUCCAGUUCACAGGACUACACGAUGCUGACCAAGGUUGGAUAAAAGAUGUCAAGAAAAGUGCUAAAAACAUCAAAAUAGUUCCCCGGAUUUUGUUUGAUGGCUGGACUUACCAAGAUUUUGAGAGUGUUUUUGGCAGUGAGGAUGAGAUAGAGGAGCUUUCCAAGAAUAUGGUGCAAAUAGCCAAGGAAGAAAACUUUGAUGGAUUUGUUGUUGAAGUGUGGAGUCAACUGGGAAAUCAAAAGCAAACGGAGCUGAUUCAUUUGCUCACUCACCUCUCUGAAGCACUCCAUGAAGUCCAGUUUAAGCUAAUACUGGUCAUCCCGCCUCCUGUCACACCAGGGACCAACCAGCUGGGAAUGUUCACAAAGAAAGAAUUUGAUCAAUUGGCCCCUGUCAUCGACAGCUUCAGUCUCAUGACAUAUGACUAUUCAACACCGCAACGGCCUGGCCCAAACUCCCCUCUUCCCUGGGUACGGGCUUGCGUUCAGGUUCUUGACCCUGAAUCCAAAUGGAGGAGUAAAAUUCUUCUGGGUCUGAAUUUCUAUGGCAUGGACUAUUCAGCACUGGGUGCUUCUGGAGAGCCUAUCCUUGGUAACAGGUACAUUGAGACUCUGAAGGAAAACAAACCGAAAAUUGUUUGGGAUGAACAGAUAGCUGAACACUAUUUGGAAUACAAAAAAAAUAAAGGAGGAAAGCAUGUAGUCUUCUACCCAACAUUAAAGUCCAUCCAAUUACGCUUAGAACUUGCAAAGGAAUUAGAGACCGGAGUAGCCGUCUGGGAGCUGGGACAAGGCUUGGAUUAUUUUUAUGAUCUGCUUUAAAAUGGCUGACUAAUUGGAAAUACUUCGUUUGUUUCAUAGAGACUGUACAUUCAGUUAAAUGAGGUAUUUGUGGGGAGAUGAUUUUCUACAUUUCUGUUUUGUAAUUUAUAUUAAAUCUGUCUGGAAUUUGCAUUUUUCCCCAAUAAAGAACCUGCUCUGAAUUACUGUACAAAUUGUAACACAUGGUUGUAUUUGACAAAUGUAGAGAAAGAGAAAUUGUGUCUCAGAUCUUCGCUUUACAGAGUUAUCAAGAUAAAUCACCAUCAAAAGAACCUUGGACUUCUCAUCUUUUUCAUGGGCUAUCUCCUAAAAGAAAAUAGCAGUUUAAUCUUUCUUAACUCAUGUUUAAGAUGUAGAUGUCUCAUCUAGCUUUGGGAAUAACAGAAGCAAAUGAACAGUCCUACCCAUUUGGUCUGUGUAUAGCAAAUUUAAUGUCUCAGAUUUUGUUACAGUAUCUUAUUUGUAAACAGGUUUUAUUUUAUUUCUCCCAGGCUGGGAGAAUCAAACAUUAACUAACAACACCUUCUUCUGUUUGUUUGUUUUUUUAGCAAAUCCCUUAAAUAGUGCAAAACCAUGAUAGUUUCUUAUUCUAGGCUUGGCUCUAAAGUUUCAUAUUGUUCACCAGAGGAUUACUCUUACUUCUGGCUUUUCCUUAGCCAGGUUGGUGGGUCAUUUUGUAGGUGUGUAUUUUGCAUUAAUGCUUAACUUGAGGAAAUCCCAACUUCUAGCCCCAAAGACUAUAAAACUGCACUUGGGAAGUCUAUACAAUUAAAUGGCUACUCACCAAUGGCCAGAUUUUCAAAAAUGUUUUCACUUCUAUUUCCCGUUGAUGUCAGUGAGUAUGAUGAGGGCUCAACCCCAUUCAAAAUAGGGCUGCCAAUCACUAAUCCAAUGUGCUUUGGGAAGCCUAUGUUGGGGACAUCUCAAAAUGUGAUCUGUCCAUUUAUUGGGGCUGCUUUUGCUAGAAUACUUGAUCACCUAAAUUUUAGCUUAAAAGGCAUAAAAGUUGAUCUUUAAAAACAAACCAAAUAAAACCCCCAAACUCUUCCAAGAUAGUGAUUCGUACUUACCAAUUUCACAAGUCCUGUGUAUUUAAUAGACUAUUCACUCAAAUGAGAUGCCUUGUAAGAAGCUAGAAAGGGAGGGCUGGGAAUUUGCAGGGGGGAUAUUGAUCACCUGCAGAGAUCUAAGCAAUAGUCCUAUAGAUCCACUGAUGUUCUUGUCUCUCAUAGCUCUCGCUAGGAUAACUGCCCUAGUUCCCCCUCACCUCCCUUGCUAGUAAUUAAUCUCAGUGGGGGAUUUAUCUCCUCCUGCUGGUUUCAAGCAAAUAAAUCUCCCUGUAAUCCACCACUGAUUAAAACUCUAUUGAUUUUCACCUCACCGAUUUUUAGCUCUGGCAUCUCUCAGCCCUUCACACUGCGAAGUAUCCAACAGGGUUUACUAAUCUUGGCCCUUUCUUCCUCCCCGUUAGUACUAAGGUAAUUUGCUUUGUGAAUCCUCUUGUUCAGUUAACCUGAACUUUCUGGUUCAGUCAAAAGCAAUUUAAAGUAACAUUGGCAAUGGGAUCUAGAAUAGCAAAUGAAUUGAAUUCCACUCUUUUUUUCCCCUCCUUUUAAUUGGAUUACAAAACUGGUUUGCUUCAGCACCCAAAUGGUAAAUAAAAAUUGUAACAGGUUGCAUUGUGAGGAGUACAUAUAUUUUUAUGCUAGUUAGCUAGAACUUUCAAAACUGGAGGAUGGGGAAGAAAACAAUAUUUCAGCUCCACUAAUGACCCUGGUCAAGGUAUACUUAUUUUUUCUUUUCGCAUUCUUUUCAUUGCCUUCUUUUUAUAUUGAUUGUUUGCUCUGAAGCUCAAGUGUCACAUCCAUCUUCCAGCUGAGCUGCAUGUUUCAAUGAACUGUCCUCCCCUUCUUUACAGAUGGAGUAAAUGCUUCUCUGUGACAGAAAGAUCAAACUUACCCUGCUUAUAUCUUGAAAAAUAAACACCAGAAGUGAAGUACACUUUGUAGUUAGAACCAUUUGUAGCAUGAGUGCUUCAGGCCACGGAUGUUACCUUUUAUUUCUAAGGUUCUUUGCACACUGAUUGGUGCUUUAUAAAUAAUGAACCAGAAGAAGGAGACAAAGGUAUGAUCUUUCAUUAAUAUGAAUGUCUCCUCAGUACUAAAAUAUAACCCA